AUUUCAAUCGGCGUGCUCAUUUGAACAAGAGGAACCGCUGCGAAGCGACGGGUGGAGAGCGGCCCAGCACGAUAACGCAACUUUCAACUAAAUAUUAAUGGAGUGGCAGCCAGAUGAGCAGGGACUCCAGCAGGUCCUCCAGCUGCUCAAAGACUCUCAGUCACCCAACACAGUCACGCAGAGAGCAGUCCAACAAAAACUUGAACAACUCAACCAAUUCCCCGACUUCAACAACUAUCUCAUCUUUGUUCUCACACGACUCAAAACAGAAGACGAGCCGACUCGCUCCCUGAGCGGUCUGAUACUGAAGAACAACGUUAAGGCCCACUACCAGAACUUCCCCCCAACUGUUGCUGAAUUCAUCAAGCAGGAAUGUCUCGGCAACAUCGGAGACCCCUCGCCGCUCAUUCGAGCCACCAUUGGCAUCCUGAUCACUACCAUUUCCUCCAAGGGAGAACUACAAACAUGGCCUGAGCUGCUGCCCCAGCUCUGCAACUUGCUCAACUCUGAAGACUACAACAUCUGCGAGGGCUCAUUUGGAGCACUGCAGAAGAUCUGUGAGGAUUCGUCGGAGCUGCUGGACAGCGACGCUCUGAACAGACCUCUCAACAUUAUGAUACCAAAAUUCCUCCAGUUCUUCAAGCACUGCAGCCCUAAGAUUAGGUCCCAUGCGAUCGCCUGUGUGAACCAGUUCAUCAUUGGCAGAGCCCAGGCCCUAAUGGACCACAUUGACACCUUCAUAGAGAGCUUGUUUGCGCUGGCAGCAGAUGAGGACUCUGAGGUUCGAAAGAACGUGUGCCGAGCCCUGGUCAUGUUGCUGGAGGUCCGCAUAGACCGCCUCAUCCCACACAUGCACAGCAUCAUCCAGUACAUGCUGCAGAGAACCCAGGACCCUGAUGAGAACGUGGCCCUGGAGGCCUGCGAGUUUUGGCUGACAUUAGCGGAGCAACCCGUCUGUAAGGAGAUGCUGUCUGGACACCUGGUGCAACUAACGCCUAUCUUGGUCAACGGGAUGAAGUAUUCAGAAAUAGACAUCAUACUAUUGAAGGGAGAUGUCGAGGAGGACGAGGCCGUACCAGAUAGCGAUCAGGACAUCAAGCCCCGUUUCCACAAGUCGCGCACUGUCACACUGCAGCACGAGGGAGGGGAGGAUGAGGAGGCCGAGGACAAUGACGACGACGAUGACGAUGAUGACGACACACUGUCAGACUGGAACCUGCGAAAGUGUUCCGCUGCAGCGCUGGACGUGCUGGCCAACGUGUUCCGCGACGACCUGUUGCCCCACCUCCUGCCGCUCCUGAAAGGCCUGCUCUUCCACCCCGACUGGGUCAUCAAGGAGUCUGGCAUCCUGGUCCUGGGGGCCAUAGCCGAGGGCUGCAUGCAGGGCAUGGUCCCCUACCUGCCGGAGCUGAUGCCCCACCUCAUCCAGUGUCUAUGUGACAAAAAGGCCCUUGUGCGCUCCAUUGCCUGCUGGACCCUGAGUCGCUAUGCUCAUUGGGUGGUCUCCCAGCCUUCUGACUCCUUCCUCAAACCCCUCAUGACGGAGCUUCUGAAGCGCAUCCUGGACGGCAACAAGAGGGUGCAAGAGGCGGCUUGCAGUGCCUUUGCCACCCUGGAGGAGGAGGCGUGCACAGAGCUGGUGCCCUACCUGAGCUUUAUCCUGGACACACUGGUGUUUGCCUUUGGGAAGUACCAGCACAAGAAUCUCCUCAUUCUUUACGAUGCCAUCGGAACUCUAGCCGACUCGGUGGGCCACCACCUCAAUCAGCCUGAGUACAUUGAGAAGUUGAUGCCCCCCCUCAUUGCCAAGUGGAACGAGCUGAAAGACGAAGACAAGGAUCUCUUUCCACUACUAGAGUGUCUGUCGUCGGUAGCGACCGCCCUGCAGAGUGGGUUUCUGCCUUACUGCGAGCCCGUCUACCAGCGCUGUGUCACACUAGUCCAGAAGACUCUAGCUCAGGCCAUGAUGUAUAACCAGCAUCCAGACCAGUAUGAGUCUCCCGACAAGGAUUUUAUGAUUGUCGCCUUGGAUCUGCUGAGCGGCCUCGCUGAGGGGUUGGGGACUCACUUGGAACAGCUAGUGGCCCGCUCCAACAUCAUGACCCUGCUUUUCCAAUGCAUGCAGGACACGAUGCCUGAGGUGAGGCAAAGCUCCUUCGCACUGCUGGGGGAUCUAACCAAGGCGUGCUUCCUCCAUGUGAAGCCCUGCAUUGCUGAGUUCAUGCCCAUCCUGGGGCUCAACCUCAACCCAGAGUUUAUCUCUGUGUGCAACAAUGCCACCUGGGCCAUUGGCGAGGUCUCCAUGCAAAUGGGUGCGGAGAUGCAGCCAUAUGUGGGCAUGGUUCUGCCACACCUGGUAGAGAUUAUCAAUCGACCCAACACACCCAAGACGUUGCUGGAAAACACGGCUAUUACGAUUGGCAGACUGGGUUACGUCUGCCCCCAAGAAGUUGCCCCACAGCUCCAGCAAUUUAUUAGACCAUGGUGCACAUCAUUGAGGAAUAUCAGAGACAAUGAGGAGAAGGACUCGGCCUUCAGGGGAAUAUGUGUGAUGAUCGGUGUCAAUCCUGCAGGUGUGGUGCAGGACUUCAUUUUCUUCUGUGACGCUGUGGCCUCCUGGGUCAACCCCAAGGACGACCUGCGGGACAUGUUUUAUAAGAUCUUGCAAGGCUUCAAGGACCAGGUUGGAGAAGAGAACUGGCAGCAGUUCUCGGAGCAGUUCCCCCCGCUGUUAAAGGAGCGCCUGUCGGCCUGCUACGGCGUCUAACCCAAUCUCUGUGUCCACACAGGACACCAACCUGUUAGGUUAUUGUAGGGGAGGGUUACUGGGGAACUCAUUGCACUGCCCAGAUUGUGGGGAGAAACCAGAGCUGGAGGGAUGUGACUGGCCUUGUGACCCUCCACUCAGCGGAUGGCCUCCUUUCCCCCCGGCACCCUGUGUGUCUCUCUGAGGGAGGGUGGGAGGAGGGUGGUGGGUGUGGGAGGGUAAACUGGGGAUAUACAUAUACCUCUCGGAUUAAACGCCUCACUAAAUCCAACACUCUAAAGUGACUUUCGCCAACCGCACCGCAGGGAUCCUAGGUAGGCGAGGACAGAAAAAAAGGGGCUGGCUUUGACCGCCUCUUCCUCAAUUUGAUUAUUCUGUUAAGAUAGCUGACGGCUGGGAGGGGGUGGGGGGGAGGUGGCAGAUGGGUACAUACAAAAUAAUUAUCUGAACCAGCAUAGGGUGCCACAGUCCCAAAUACCACAAUGCACGAAGUCCGUAGACUCGCACAUGUAGACAUGAUUAAACGGGCAGAGGCUAAACAAAACACAUGGGAUGCUUUUACUCUGUAACAAUGCAGGAAAUGUGCACAGAUUGUUUGCACCUUUUUACAGCGAAAUUGCAUAAACCAUUUGGUGUGCAUACACAUGGGUCUUUUCUCCUUUCACAUGUGCAUUUAGCUGAAAUAAUUUCCUUCCUCUUCCCUCAGUUUCUGAAUUCCUCUCGAAUCAUCGGUCUCUUUUAUUUCCUCAUUUGAGGCAAAAUAAAGAUGCAGUAGGUUCGUCCUCUAAGGUUUUACCACCGCAGUACCAAGUUAUUGCAUGGCAUUUGAUCACCUCUUAAGUGACGCAUGUUUAAGUGAAUGUCUGUCUUGUUGCUUACUUUGUUUAAUACAUUGAAGUCGUCAGUUUAGGGAGGCUGCCAUAAUUUGAAGCGGUCAGGUGCUUGGUUCGUUUGUCCUCCCAUUCGUACAUAUUGUCUGAUCAAUGUCCCUUUAGGUUAAAGGAGGCCGUGUGUGUGUGAUCAACAAUUGCUAGAUUAAUACAGGAAUCCGCUUAACUCUGCAACAAGAGUUCAAAUACUGUAGGCCAGUCGAGAAUCCUUUUUGCUGCUGCUUCGUUUUUAGAGACUUUAAGAAACCGACUUAAUGAGAGCGAUAAGACAUCACCGAGAAUGAAUUGAUUCUUACUGAUAUAAAUGCACUUUUUCUUUUGUAAGAAAUUUAGAAUUUAAAAUGUAAGACUAACAGUAAUAUACUGAUAAUGAGACAUUAGUUUUUUUUGAUAAGUGAUUUUAGGACUGAUAAUGGUAAGCGGUGGGGGAAAUGACAAGGUAAGACUUGAGGCCUCUUAACAUAGUUAGUUUUAUAAUAUAGCUCCUCCUAAAGUGGAUUGAAUAGGAUUCAAUAGGAGACGGGCGUCUUAAUUGCAGUAUUUUGGAUCCGUGUCAAGAGCACCCGUCAAUCCAUAUCUGAGUUUCCGUGUCCCCGUCUUUCUCGCCAAAGCGGUUUGUUGAACGGUGACCGCUUGAGGCGUCUCCCGGCCAUGAUCGUUGCAUGCUUUUUCAACAAGUCAUUUUAUAACUGGUCAUUUGGAGGAAUCUACCUUUUAAGAGCUUUGUCGAUGGCAUUGCAACUUGUUGCUGGACUAAUAAGGUACUUCAGCUUUUGAUCAAACUAGUGAUUGACAAUGCCAUAUAUUCACCCGUUGAUACUGUGUAGGAUUUGCCUGGGAAUACACUGAGUUCUAAUAGUUCUCCCCCGACACUGGUUAGCUUCUGUGAGAGGUGGUCUUUAUCCAGAUUUAUCUUUUAGUCAUUGUUCAUAGUGGACGCUUGUAAUGGAAGUGUGUAUGGCUGUUUGCCUGUUGCUGUUUUACUAUAAAGAUGUGUACUUGAGUACUGCUUAGAUGUAAUUUUGCACCAGUGCUACAAAGAAGUUGUAUCCGGGGUGUAGUUGGUCAUGCCUGGCGGUCAACACUUGCCUACUAGUUAAGUUUUCUCAAAUCUCAUGAAAACAACGGUCGUCGCUGAUGGAAAACGCCAGAAUCGGUUCCCUCCUGAAUAUCGGCUCACGUCAACGAUUAUGUAUUUUAUAAAAUAAGGACUAGUGCGUUUCAACACCCCACAAGGCCGAAACUGACGGCAUCUCAUCCAGGUUUAACUGGCGGGCAAGGGUUGCGAUGCGAGGCGGCCACUCCCGAUCAGCUCUUGGAGUAGCAACUGGUGACGCGUCCUUCACGUGAUCAUUCAGAAGGACGCAGCUCCUGUGCCACAAAUAAUUGGUAAUAAGUUGAGGCAUCACUAGGCCCAUGUUGUGAUACACUAUGCUCUACAUACAGAAGUAAAAUUAAAUGCAAGUUGGCUGCAGAUUGUUGUUUUUUAAUUUUUUUAUUUUAAUCCUCAUGUGACUUUUGUUUUUAUUAAUUUAUAAUUUUUUUGUUUUAUUUUUUUGUGCUCCAGAGCACAAAUUCUUUUGGACUUUAAAAGUUUUUUUUCCCCCUUUUUAUUCUUUUUGUUUAAAGAACAAUUUUGUUUUCGUUGUUUUAUAGCGGACGAUUUGAUAUGUCAAAGUUGAUGUGGUUGGACUGAAGGAGAGUCGGUGCUUGUUGCAUAUACCUGAGGGAAGAAUGUGGAAAACUAAUUCAUAACUGUUUCAAUCUAUCACGGCUGGCAAUUGAAUUUGAUGUAGUACCUUCUUUUUUUUUUGCUGAACUGUGGUGCAGAUUGGAUGUUAUCUGAUGUAUCCCUUUUUAUUUAAUUUUGUGAAUAGGGGAAAUAAAUUGUUUUCUAUUAACCUGA